AUGCGGUGCUUCCUGCCCUCCGUCGUCUGCGCCUUGGUGCUGUGGGCCUGGGGGAACGUGUCGGAGGUGGGAGGGAGCAAGGAGGAGGCCCGACUGAAGGAGGUUCUCUUCGGGGAUUAUCCGAUGGUCCGACCCGUCGCGAACGUCCACGAGCCUCUCGUCGUCUCCUUCUUCUUGGGUCUCUUCAGAGUCUUCCAGCUGGACGAGAGAGGCCAGACGCUGAACACCCUCGUCGAGGUGGUCGAGCGAUGGAACGACACCCAUCUGCGAUGGAACCCCGACGAUCAUUCCGGGAUCCGGCGGAUCGUUAUCCCCUACGACUCCGCCUGGGUUCCGGACAUAAUCCUCUACAACAGCGCGUCGGAGGCUUACUCUCGGGGACUCCUCAUCACGACCCUCGUCCUGGAUCACACCGGGGAGGUGAUGCUGGAGAUCGCGGCCAACUUCCGUUCCUCCUGCAACGUGGACGCCAAGAGCUUCCCCUUCGACAGGCAGACGUGCACCAUGCUCUUCAUGUCCUGGACGCAGGAGUCCGACAAGGUCCAUAGCGUCCAACGCUCCCUUCGCCACGGCAGGAGUUCCACUCGCUCCGAUGCAUUUUCAUCGCCUCAGGUCCAGAUGGUGCUGGAGACCGACCGCGACCUCGAGCUGGUGGCGUACAUGGAGAGCGCAGAAUUCGCGUUGGAAUCGUACACGGCCGUCGCGAAGAACCACACCGACCCCUGCUGCAUCCAUCCCUUCUCGGCCGUGGAAUAUUCCAUCACCAUCACCAGGAGGGCCAUGUUCUUCCUCGUCAUCAACUACGUCCUCCCCAUGGUCGUCAUCGACGUCAUCGCCCUGUUGGCGUUCCUGGUGCCAUGCGAGAGCGGGGAGAAGGUGACGCUGGGGAUCUCCACCAUGCUCAACAUGAUCAUCUUUCUCACGAGCAUCCGCGACCUCCUCCCGCCCACCGGACAGAUCCCUCUCAUCGGAAAGUUCUACUGCGUCUGCAUCUGCUUGGUCGGGCUGGAAGUGGCUCUGAGCAUCUUCACUCUUUACCUUCACCACAUGGAGGGCAUCCCCUUGCCCAAGUGGAUGCAGGACUUGUCCCUGUUGGCGUUUCUGGUGCCAUGCGAGAGCGGGGAGAAGGUGACGCUGGGGAUCUCCACCAUGCUCAACAUGAUCAUCUUCCUCACCAGCAUCCGCGACCUCCUCCCGCCCACCGGACAGAUCCCUCUCAUCGGAAAGUUCUACUGCGUCUGCAUCUGCUUGGUCGGGCUGGAAGUGGCUCUGAGCAUCUUCACUCUUUACCUUCACCACAUGGAGGGCAUCCCCUUGCCCAAGUGGAUGCAGGACUUGUGUCUGAUAUUGACCAAAUUGCCCUUGAUGAGGCAGCCGAAAUUCAUCCAGGACGGCAGCGAAAAGAAGGAGAAUGCAAAGGAGAAUGCAAAGGAGAAUGCAAAGAAAAAGGAAAAGGAGGACACGGACGGGGAGGUCUGGGCUCAGAGAGCCUCCUUUCCUCUCUUCUUCGCUGACGUGGCUCUCCACCGUCCUCGCGGGCCCUCGCACGAGGAAAGGCACCUAAACGUUUCGCCACCUUCAGACAUGGCAGAGCGUUCGGGCAGGGUCCCCGCCCGAACGGAACGCGGGGAGGAGCGGGCAUGGGGACGGGAAUGGGAGCUGGAGACGGGGACGCGGAUGGCACGAGGGCGAGCGAGCAUCGGAGCGGACCUGCAGAACUGGAGGAUGGCCUCGAAGGUCCUGGAUCGAUUCUUUCUCUACCUUUUCACUCUUCUCAACGUCGCCGUCUCCAUCGGAAUCAUGCUGUAUACCCCAAAUUCGUAAAUCGCUGUUCAUUUCACCAAAUGUCUCUCAUAUUUUCACUUACCUUCUUCAGAUUUGCCCCCCUUUUCUUCCCCCGUGUUCCUUAC